AGUGUUUAUACAUGUUUGCAUUAGAGCAAAACAACCAGUUUCCUCCUUCUUUUAUAGUACACCACAAAUAAAUGCCCUCAAAAGAAACAAAAUCAACAUGCAGAAUCAACUAUACCCUGAAUGCCUAAAUAAAUCAAUGAAAUCAAGUUGGAGUCUUCUCUUCUUCUGAAUUUCUAUACACACACAGCUCCAACAAAAUCGAACUUUCUACCUUCUAUACUAUUUACUGUUUCACUCUGAGCUGCCGCCCCCAAUUCACUUCAGUGAGAAAUGAAAAGGACCAAAUUGAAUGCAGAGAAUUCACAGUCCAUAUUUGAGCUAGGCUCCUGUAUCUGGAACCCUUUCUACACCCUUGCGCCAGUGCCAACAAGGACAGCGCUGAGUGUGGAGUACCCCAUUAGUCGAUGAAGUGGCGACCCUCCUCUCUCCUCUAUCUCAAUUUCUGUAGAUUUCUUCUCCUUCUUCCCCUUGCUAUCGGAAGGCCCAACAGCAUCAUAUGCUUCCACCGGAUCCUUACCCCGCUUGUCUGAGAUUACCCUCUUUCUAUGUCCAACGUGUUUAAAGGAACCAGAUGAUGCAUUUGCAGUGGGUGAGUAAGGGACCAAGCGAGUUCUGUCGACAAGUGAAAACUUGAGUAUCUCAGAACAGGAACCACAUCGCAGCCGAUGGCACUUCCUCUUAGAAAGGAGGAAGUCUGCAGGCAGUUGCAGCUGGCUCAAACAACGAGGGCAAGCCAAGAAUGGUGCUCCACCGGCUACAGGGAGAAGAUGCUUCUUAUUGGCCAAGUGAUACUUCUUCAAAUCAUUAUCUCUGUUAGGCCUUUGAUCACCGAACCCCAUGUGUCUUUGAGGAGUAGAGGGACAAGAGGCAUACGAGUUGCAAACAUUUGCAUCAGAGUGAACCCUGCAAAAUGCUCUGUUGUGGUUAUUGCAAUUUGUAGAGCAGAAAGAGUGAUCCACUUUGUGCCUGCCGCCAUUUUUUGUUGCUUCAGCCGAGAAUGGUAUUCUCGAAUGCUGCUGCCUUUGCUGAGGCUGAGACCAGCUGCUUGCCUCUCUAUAUGGCCUGGGGACCUGCUGAUCCCUCCAAAGACCUCCAGCUGCAACACUUCCACUACUAGCUUUAUCGUUCAGGGAGCAAGAUCUGGGCUAAUUGUCGGGUGGAAGUUUGAGUUCCAAUGAAAUCC